AUGCGCAAGUUGCUAGGCAAGACCACGUCGGACUCUGCCCACGACACACCUUCUCAAGCAGCUAUCACUAGCUCGCCUCUUGCUCCCCAUUACCGCCCAACUGCAUCUCAGGAUGCUUUCCAUGAUGCCGGGGUACCGAUAGCCUGCCUCGACCGUUCUCCCGAUGGACGGUCCGCUGUGCUCGCUGGGCGCCAUGUGUUGAAGACGGUCACUUUCGACGAUCUAUCCGUAAAUGACGGCAUCGACCUACGCGCAUUACUAAUUGCUCAGCCCUCUCAACGGGGCAACAUUCCCACCUCAGUCGCCGACCAGCUGUCCAUCAAAGCCGUCAAGUGGGGCGAGCCACAAGGGAAGCAGGCCCUCUUCACGGCUGGCACCAGCGGCAAGAUCUUCCAGUACGACUUGGUGCGCGCCGGAACCACCGGCCUCGGUUCUCCGGUCGACUGUGUCCAGAUCCGGGAAGAUUCUCGCCAGGUCAACGCGCUGGACAUCAACCCCCACCGGAACUCGUGGUUACUGUCGGGCAGCCAGGACGGGAUUGUGCGCUGCUUCGAUGUCCGACAGCCCACACAGACCCGGACUGGCGCUACCUUCCGCUCCAUCCAGGCGUUCAGGUGCAACGCCGACGGUGUGCACCAUGUCCAGUGGAGCCCGCGAGAUGGAUUUCUCUUCGCCUGCGCCACCGAGCAAGGUUUCGUGCUCAAGUGGGACAUGCGGAAGCCCAGCGCCCCUAUCCUGCGCAUCAAGGCCCACGAAAAGUCGUGCAUGUCGAUGGCAUGGCACCCGGACGGCAUCCACCUCGUCAGCGGAGGUCUCGACAGCAAGUGCAACAUCUGGGACAUGUCUCGACAAGACAAGCGUCAGAAGCCCAAGUGGACACUCUCGACCCCAGCGCCUGCCGGCGCUCUGGCCUGGCGUCCGGGGCAAUGGUCUGCCACCGCCCAAGGAAAGCGUGCCUCGCAACUCGCCAUAUCCUAUGACGAAACUAGCCAAAAGCGUUACGGGAUAAAUGUGGUACACAUAUGGGACCUCGCACGGCCCACCAUGCCCUACAAGGAGAUACAAAGGUUCGACACCUCACCCAGCGCCAUGCUCUGGCACGACCAGUAUCUUCUUUGGACCGCAGGGCAGGACGGCAUUUUUAGCCAGUGUGACGUCACGUAUGCUCCGAAGGUCAUCGACCGCCAGGCCGUAUCUACCAUGGCCUUUUCCCCUCGAGGUGACGUGCUCAUGCUCCUCGACGAGCGCGGCCCUGCCCCAAGGCCCCGACCACAUAUUUUGCACCACGAGGAGGUCGGUGUGCCGUCUUAUAGUUCGAGCCCCACAACACCCAGGUUCAGUGUCAGCCGGAGUGACUCUGAGGAUGAUGCCAUGGGGAGCUUCAUAGGACCCAAGCGGCGUGGGAGCCGGAGGCGGCGGCCCAGCACCCGCUCCACAGCCACACUAAGUACGACACCACCAGCGGGUCCGACCACGGAAGAGAUUAUGUCACUUGAACAGACCAUCAAAGCCACCGGCACCUACAAGCCUCAGCAGGCCAUGGCGGUUGGUCACGUCCCGUCCACUGCCAACGUGGAAGUGUACGGAUACCUGUCCAUGAACUACCUCGAAGCACUUCACAAGGACCUGCCUUACUCAGCCGAUGCAGCAUCCCUGCCUGAGCGGGUUGCAACCAUCCUCGAACACUAUGCCAGGGCUGCGGCGAACGUAAAGCAGUUUCGGCUUGCGCAAACGUGGCGCAUCCUAGCCUAUUCUAUCGAUAUGCUGCUUCACAGGCGCGCACAAUACCAUCUUGACCGCCGCAUGGACCGCCACCACUACGCUGCGAGGAGAAAUAGCGAAGCCAAGGCGAAGGCAAAGGCAAAAGCAUUGGCGGAGCUCUUUGGUGCACCGGCACAGACCACAGUCGACGGAGAGGAAACACCCCGGAAGAUCGUGUCCAUGGUAAGCUUUGACAAGGCACUGCAUCCGAGAUCGUUACUGUCUGAAGAGCUUGAAAGCACCUCCAAUGUCCCCACCCCGGUUGCGCGCCCGGUUCCGGAUGACGCAGGGGUACCACAUUCUGUCGAAAGGGAACGUGGGAGGAAGCUGACUCCGAUCGUUGAACCCGAGAGCUUCACGCUCCCCCCAGCGGCGCAUCCGGCAUCGCUUGUUGCACGCAAACGCCUCGACUCCGUGCCGCUCUCCAUCGCAAGCCAUGAUAGCGGGGCGACACACGCGAGCACGGAAGGGUACGACUUCUAUGAUACCGAAGCCAUUCUCAAACCCGUCAAGGUCCCCAGUCCGAAGCCCAAGCCAACUCAGGUGCAUGACCACCGUGAGCAGGGAUCGCCGGGCACAACCCGGAGGCCGCUUCUUAGGCAGGACUCCGAAGAGAGUUACGUUCAUCUUUUUUCUAUCUCGGAUGAAAGCCGGCGGGCGACGGCUCUUACAACGUCAUCCGACGAUGGCAGUUUGACAGGACAGGCAGCCCGGGCAGCCAUCCUAGCGGGGCUUCGCAAGGGAAAGGACGAGAUAUCUAGCGACCACGAUGACGGCCUAGAAAUCCGGCGGUCCUCGAACCGCAACCCUGAUAUGCCGUUCCGCACGAUGCUCGGAAGAACCGAAACGGACAUGACGGCCUUUACCGAUGAGCAUCACGCCAUCACGCAAACCACCUCCGACAGCUUUGAGUCACGCUUCCCUUCACAAACGGAUGCCGACUUUGUGGUCGAGUCACCGGUGUUGGAAACUCCAUCCCACGAGUCCCCCAUGGCCCCCGACGACGACCAAUCCCCCUUCAUCGUCGAGACGGAUUAUCUCUGCUGGCCUGAUGACCACCCAUACCCCUACCCCAUUGACCCAGCAUCCGGCUUCUCAGCCGUCUCACACACCCCUCUCCAGCCCUACGUUCUCAUUUCCCGCGCCUUAGCCUUUGAAGCCAAAUCCUCGGCCCUCAACGCUUCAGCCAUUGUCCUGCUGCUGAAGCCCCUCCUCCCAGACGGCAUCAUCGACAAUUUGCAAGCUGCCGCCAUCCUUCGCCAACACCACAGCCGGCUGAUGAGCAUGAGGCUCUUCGUUGAAGCCGCCCUGCUCCGCAAGUUGUGCAUGAAGGGCUGGCCGGGCGGCGCGCUCGCCACCUGGGGCGACAACUACCCCGCCAUCUUCACCUGCGCCCAGGAGGGCGUGCAGGCAAGCUUUGCCUGCACGACCUGCCACAAGCCGCGCGAUGUCGACCGUACCGCGGCAUCGACCGAUUCUGUCUGGCGUUGUGAGCGCUGCACAGCCGUCAUGGCCCCCUGCGCUGUCUGUGGCGCCAGAGACGCCGUCGCUCCCAGCAGUGUGAUGCCCCUGCCCACAUCUACGCAUUCCAAACCCUGGCAGCAGCAACAGCAACAACCCAACAGUCCGCCCAGCGGAAUACAGGACCCAAUCCUAGCCACAUGGUGGUACUGCCCCGGGUGCGGCCACGGCGGGCACUCCUCCUGCCUAUCAUCAUGGCACGCCACACUCGACUCAUCAUCAUCAUCAUCAUCGGGCAGCUGGGGCGCGCACGCCGCACUGGCCGACGCCCCCGGCUCGGAGCCCACCGACGGCUGCUGUCCGCUCGACGGGUGCGGCCAUGCGUGUCUGCCUGCAAAGCCCGGCGCCGAGAGUGUCGUCAGCCGCACCACGGAGGAUGUGAGCCGUGUUGUGCGCGAGGCGACUAGGGCGGUGGCCAAGGCCACGGUCGCGGCGGCGGCGGCGGCGGCGGGGUGGCACUGUGGGUGGGAGGGUGGACAAAUUGGAUAG